AACAACGACUCCCAAUUCCGCCGAGCUCCAGCUAUUACGACGACCCUCCACGAAAGAGCGCAAUAGCGGCCGGCAGCCAGCCACGGUCCUUUGCCAUUACACAUCGAGAGACGAAGGCGACACUCGACUGCCGACAUGAUGCGCACGAGCGCGCCCUCGUCCCUCGCUGGCGCUUUCAGGGCACUUGCGAUAUCCUCCAGGGCCACCGCACGGCCAUCCAUCCUGCCUGCUCAGUCGACACAGUACAAGGUGGCCAAGGAUGUGCGAUUCUUCUCCGCUACGUCUUCCGCGGGUAGCUGGCUCGAGCCGAGGCUGGACCGCAACAAGAAGAUGAUGAAGGGUCGUGUCCGAGUUGCUACGGGUGGUUCGACAAAGGGCACCACGGUUAUUUGGGGCCAGUACGGCUUGCGCAUGACAGAUCACGGCAGGAGGAUAAGCGCGGCUCAGCUCAAGGUUGCCGAGGACACCAUCAAGGCUCGGCUGCGUGGACAGAAGUACCGAUUGUACAAGAGGGUCAACUGCAACCUCGGUGUCUUCGUCAGCGGUAAUGAGAUUCGUAUGGGUAAAGGAAAGGGCUCUUUCGACCACUGGGCAGCUCGUGUGGCCGUCAACCAGAUCUGCUUUGAGCUGAAGGGCCUUAUCCACGAAAAAGUUGUCCGUGAUGCUUUUCGCUUGGCGGGUAACAAGCUCCCAGGCCAGUGGGAGUUUGUGAUGAAAGGAGAACCCCCUGUUGUUGGCAUCACAAAAUUGGAUGGUAUCACACUCGAGGAACUGAAGCGGCCAAGACGGAAGAUUGAGGGUUCAGAGAUCACACCGUCGACAAGCUCGGAGAGCCCGCGAGCGCCGCUUGAUACCCCGUGAGCAGACGUUGUAUCGUUGUAACAAUUAGUUGUAUAUGUACACCACAUCUAUGCACAUGACCAUCACGAGACACUCGAACAUGUAUUGCCUGGCAGCAUAUACUCGUGGGCCAAAACAAAACUGUCCAAAACAAGCAGCCGACAUGCGAGAUACACGGUGCUACCGCUGUGUGGCAGUGCUUGAU